UGUAUUAUAAAUUAUCUACAAUUCCAUUCAUAUUUCUCAUGCAAACAGCCCCUGGUUCUCUCUAUCUGCCAGAGCUAUGGAGGACCCAUCAUUGCUCGCAACUGCCGAUUCUACUUUACCGGAGCAGAUACUCCCCACUUCCGACACAAGUAUUAACUCUGAAACCCCUUCUACCUCCACACUCUCACAGGAAACUACAAGCUUCACUGCUAGUCUACAAAGUCGCUCUCCCGAAUCCCGAAACGUAGUCGUUUCUCACCUCUGCGUCUCCUCCCUCAGAACCUUGACCCCUCAUAUCAGCUGCCUCGCCGUCCAUGAAAAGUUCCUCUAUGCUGCCUCCGGCGAAGAUAUCCACGUCUACGAUUUAACUACCCACACCCACAUCGACACUUUCAGAAACAACAAGCCCACUUCUGGUUCAGUCAAGUCCAUCGCAUUCCACGAAGGAAAGAUCUUCACCGCUCAUCAGGAUUCCAAGAUUAGAGUGUGGCGGAUCACGGCCUCCAAACGCCACCGCCUUAUCUCUACUCUCCCCACCGUUAAAGACUUCUUGCGCCGCUCCAUCCUCCCGAAGAACUACGUCCGGGUCCGGCGGCACAAGAAGCGGCUCUGGAUCGAGCACAACGACGCCGUUUCGGGCCUGGCCAUGGCCGAGGGUUUCAUGUACUCAGCUUCGUGGGACAAGAGCUUCAAGAUAUGGAGAACAUCGGACCUCCGCUGCGUCGAGUCUGUCAAAGCCCACGACGACGCUGUCAACGCCGUCGCCGUCUCCGCCUCUGGCACCGUCUAUACUGCCUCCGCAGACGGGUGCAUCAGGGUUUGGGAAAGAACCGGAGAAGAGAGAACCCACACGCUGAUAACCACCCUAGAGAAGCACAAGUCUACGGUGAAUGCGCUCGCAUUGAGCGGGGAUGGAUCCUCACUGUUCUCCGGCGGUUGUGAGAGUUGGAUCUUGGUCUGGGAGAGGGAAGAGAGCGCCAAUCACAUGGCCGCGACACAAGCCCUGGUGGGCCACACUGGACCCGUACUAUGCUUAAUCACCGUCAACAACAUGAUAAUCAGUGGGUCCUCUGAUCGGACGGUCAGGAUUUGGCGCCCUGGGGUGGAUGGAAGAUAUCACUGUACACUAAUGUUGGAGGGACAUGUAAAGCCGGUGAAGUCGUUGGUGGCAGUUUCCAGUGGCACCUCGUACGACGUCGUAUCGAUUUGUAGCGGAAGCCUAGAUGGCGAGAUUAAGGUUUGGGAGGUCUCAGCUGCUGCGUUUGAUGCUAAAAGCUGACACCAAAAAAUAAAAAAUUUGCCAUCGUGGC